GCUAUGAAUAUAUUAUUACGAAUGAUUAUGCCUAAUCACCUAUUCCUAACACUACCUAUCUUCUUCUUCAUCGUCAACUUCUUGAUUGUCUUCCCCUCUGCUAUUGGGGAUGACAAUCUCCGAUAUUCAGAGUGCCGCAGCUACUACGACUGUGGCCCCCUUAAAAACAUCUCCUACCCCUUCUGGGCCACCGGCAGCCGCCCCCAACACUGCGGCCGCGAAGACUACGAGCUCACCUGCCGAGAAGAUCAAUACCCUGUCAUGAAAAUUGAAGACCAGGAUUUUCUUGUGUUGAACUUAAGUCGACAGUUUUACACCAUGACAAUCGCUCGCUCAGAUCUCUGGGACACCCCCUGCACUGACAACAUCGUCAACACCACUUUGGACUACGACCGGUUUUCGUACGUCCCAGCUGUUCGGAACCUGACGCUGCUCUACGGCUGCCAGCCGGGAAACAUAUCCGUACCAAAUAACUUCACUUGCAAGGUAAAGGGUACGGACCGCGACGAUAUUUCGUACUAUGUCGACGACUCUUUGAGCAUUCGUAUGGGAAAUUGGACCUCGUGUUAUUUGAAUUUUCGAGUUCCGAUUAUGUGGGAGGGUGUGGAUGUUAUGCCUGACACGCCGGAUAAGCUCAAACAGGUUUUGAAACAGGGGUUUCAGGUGGGGUACGAGGCGGAGUGGGAGCUCUGUCGGCUAUGUGUAUUAUCCAAUGGAACCUGUGGGUCGAACUCGAAUUCUGAUUCGUUUGUCUGUUAUUGCGGUGAUGGACCUCGUGAUCGAAUAUGUUCGCGUUCUGGUGACAGUACAUCGAAUCGGAAAAGGAUGGUUAUUGUAGCUGCUUCUGCUGCUGGAAGUGUGCUCAUGAUCUGUGGUAUUGUUCGCUGUAUUCAAGCUAGGAAGCAAAUUUUCAAGAGAAGCAACAAUCAAGAUCUCGAGGCUUUCAUAAGGACUAAUGGACCUCUAGCAGUAAAAAGAUACAAGUUUUCAGAAAUCCGAAAAAUGACCAAGUCAUUUGAAGAUAAACUAGGUCAAGGAGGUUAUGGAGAUGUGUACAAAGGCAAUCUGCUGGAUGGUAGUCCUGUCGCUGUUAAGGUUCUCAAAGCAUCCAAAGGGAGUGGAGAGGACUUCAUAAACGAGGUUACAAGCAUUAGUAGAACUUCCCACGUCAAUGUUGUCACUUUGUUAGGGUACUGCUUUGAAGGUCAGAAAAAAGCUCUCAUAUAUGAGUUCAUGCCCAAUGGAUCACUCGAAAAGUACAUUUACAACAAAAAUGCUUUGCAAACGAGUAAUCCACAAUUGGAAGUGGAACAACUACUCGAUAUUGUUACUGGGAUAGCUCGAGGACUCGAGUACUUGCACCUAGGAUGCAACACGCGAAUUUUACAUUUUGACAUAAAACCGCAUAAUAUUCUUUUGGAUGAAAACUUUUGCCCCAAGAUUUCUGAUUUUGGGCUUUCGAAACUUUGCCUCAACAAGGAGAGUAUUAUGUCGAUGUUGGAUGCAAGAGGGACAAUUGGGUAUAUUUCUCCCGAAGUGUUUUGUAGAAACUUUGGAGGAGUUUCAGUUAAGUCUGAUGUCUACAGCUAUGGAAUGAUGGUUCUGGAGAUGGUUGGAGGAAGAAAGAACAUCAAUGCUCGAGCUAGCCACACGAGUGAUGUUUGUUUUCCGGAUUGGGUUUAUAAGCAGCUUGAGAUGGGCAGCAGUUUAGGGUUGCCCAAUGGUGUGAUAGAAGAGGAAAACGAACUCGCGAGGAAGAUGAUUUUGGUAGGGUUGUGGUGCAUACAGAUGAAGCCAUCAGAUAGGCCAUCUAUGAGUAGAGUGAUUGAAAUGCUGCAAGGAAGCAUUGAAGCCUUGCAAAUACCACCAAAGCCUGUCCUAACUUUUCCACCACCAGAAUUUUCCUCGUUAUCAAUUACAUGUUCUUUUCUGGAUUAAUUGGUGUACAUCUUAUCGAUAAUUCAGUUCCUAUGCUAUACCAGGCUUGGACCAUGUCUCCCGAACAAUCUCAACAUAUGGCACAAGACGAUUCCACAUAUUGAGGUCAAAAUGGGAUUGGGUGUUUUCACGUCUCACCGUAGUGCCCAGUUCGUCUUUCUGAUUGACGAACAAGAAGGUAAUUUACUUGCUCGACCAUAGGAAGAGGAAGCUUGCUUACGGGCUGUCACCCUCAGUGACCACUAGAAGAAAUUUUUAAAAGCAGUGACUUUAUCUUCUAUCUACUUGUUAAGGCCUAUCCUUUGACUUCUUUAUGUUUUUUUAAAUAAUUAAUGUAGUUAGCAUAAUGCUUUUAAAGCUCUAGUAAAGAUAUAUGUGGUUGUUUAUGUAAUGUAGUGCUUUAUGUAGUACAAUAGUAGUAAUGAAUAAAUACAACAACAACAACAA